UUACUCUCAGUUAAAUUGAGAGCUGAGCUUCUCAUUCUGUCACUGCCAGCAAACACACCUUCUCUUUUCUCUUUUUUUCCUCCUCCCUCAUGCUGCUGGAAACGGUGUUUAAAUGAAGACUUACAGGACUGAAGUUCAGCCGCAGUUCCUCUGAUUUGAGUUUGGCUCACAUUUGGAGGAUAUUUGGGCUGAGUGUUUGGCACAUUGGGCCUGAGGUGUGAAGUUACAGUUCACAAUUCGGCUGAAGUGACACGAGAAGGAUGAUUCAGGACGUGUUCUCAAAUAUCAUGAGGUUCUACAACUACCUCCUCAAAAGAACAGAUGAACGAGUACGGGAUUACCCACUGAUGCAGAGCCCGAUCCAGAUGACCCUCCUCUUGCUGAGCUAUGUGUUUUUCGUACUGUAUGUCGGGCCACGCUACAUGGCCAACCGCAAACCCUACAACCUCAAAACCCCCAUGGUCAUCUACAACUUCUGCAUGGUGUUCUUCAACGCCUACAUCGUUUACGAGUUCAUGAUGUCUGGCUGGGCGACGACAUUCACCUGGAGAUGUGACCUCAUAGACAGCUCGACCAGCCCGCAGACUCUCAGGAUGAUUCGAGUGGCCUGGUUAUUCUACUUUUCAAAAUAUGUUGAACUUCUAGACACUGUUUUCUUUGUGCUGAGGAAGAAGCAUGGUCAGGUGACAUUCCUGCACAUCUUUCACCACUCGUUCCUGCCCUGGAGCUGGUGGUGGGGCAUCACUCUCACACCGGCUGGGGGAAUGGGUUCCUUCCACGCCAUGGUGAAUGCAAUGGUCCAUGUCAUCAUGUACACCUACUACGGUCUCUCUGCAGCUGGCCCACGCUUUCAGAAGUACCUGUGGUGGAAGAAAUACAUGACUGCUAUCCAGCUGACUCAGUUUAUCGUAGUGUCUGUCCAUAUCUCUCAGUAUUACUUCAUGAAAGACUGUGAAUACCAGGUGCCCAUCUUUAUCCACCUUAUCUGGAUCUAUGGCAUGUUUUUCUUCAUCCUCUUCUCCAACUUCUGGAUCCAGGCUUACGUCAAGGGUAAGCGGCUCCCUGGCAGCAGUGAUGGCAAACCCAAGCAGAACGGCUACACCAAUGGUACCGAGGCGGCCAUGUUGGCCAACGGCACACACCUGGAGAACGGCACUGUGCACUACACAAACGGGUUUGCUGUGAAGGGGAAAGUAAAGGAGGUCUAAAGGAAGAGGAGGAAAAGAGACUGCUAGCUCUGUGCUCACAAAGGACUUGGUGAGAAUGAUGAGUUCCUGGGUUUAUGGAUGUUUUUGUAAGAUCACACGGGAGAUGAUGAGGCACAUGUCUGUGGGUUUUGUUUUGUUUUUUUUUUUCUUUUUAAUUUAUUUGUCCACGGUCCAUGAAGAGAAAUUUCCACCUUCAGAGGUCACACUGACUUUUUUUUUUCUUCACAUAUGAUUCUCCCAGUUUCUCAAGACCAUGCAUCUGAGUAGAUUACAAUUGUAAAUAAAUAUUUGUGCAAAGAUAGGUGGUAUGGAUGGAAUACCUUUUUUAAUGUGUAUAACUUAAAUAAACCGCUUUUAUAUUAAACAUUGCAUAAAUAUUUAUGAAGCCUGCCGUCUGGGCAUGUUCAUACAUCUGUUUAGUAUUUGUGCUUCUGAUUGUACAGUGACCUUAUUUUUGUCCCAAAGUAACAUGAUAAAAUGGAUUUAAAAGGACA